AUGGCUAACAAUAAUCAACAAUUCGAAUUUUAGUGAGUUUUCUAGAGAGUUAAUUAACAAUUAAUUACUAUUUAUUUCAGUGCACAUAAUGAUCUCGACCAUAUAUUGCGAAUUUCGGACUUUCGAGAAUCGGAAAGGCGUAUAAAUUGACUUCAAUUGCAAAACUACCUGUGAAAUGGUUAGCCGCUGAGACAAUUUCAACACUUAUCUUCACACCCAAAACUGAUGUUUAUAGCUAUGGCGUAUUGUGUUUCGAAAUAUUCUCGGAAGGUGAAGAACCAUGGCAUGAUGUGACAAACGCCGAAGUCAAAAAGAAUGUUGUAUCUGGCAGGUAUUUGCAUCUACCAGAUUCAUGCCCGGAUAAACUGCGGCGGUUUAUCAAUGAGAAGAUUUAUGUUGUGGAUUCGACAAAACGAGCUGGAAUAAAAGAAGUUUUGAGAAUGGUCGAUUUCGAAAUCGCAAUAUUAGAGGAAAAAGAGAAAGAGAAAGAGGGAGAGAAAGACUUGAGUCCUUUAUCGACAAGCUGUGGACAUCAGAAGAACCAACACCAGCACCUCAUUCCGAAUCCACAUCAUAAGAAAAAUAAGAAAAAAAAAGAGUGCGAAUUUUGA